AUGGAGCGGCCACGACGCGCUGUUGAUACUUUUUUAGGUCGACGUCUUGCACUCGCCUAUUGUGUCGUUCAGUUUAUUGAAAAGGAUUCGACAUUGACGCCGCAAGUUUUUGAUGCACUGCUCAAAUUUUGGCCGAGAACAUGUUCCGCAAAAGAAGUGAUGUUUUUGGGCGAAGUUGAAGAAAUUCUCGAUAUCAUUGAACCGGAACAGUUCAAAAAAAUUAUCGAACCGUUGUUCAAAAGGCUUGCCAAAUGCGUCUCUAGCCCUCACUUUCAGGUGGCAGAGCGAGCCUUGUAUUUUUGGAACAAUGAAUAUAUUCUUUCUCUUAUUGAGGAAAAUAGCAGUCAGGUGAUGCCAAUAAUGUUUCCUGCGCUCUACUGGAUCAGCAAAGAACACUGGAAUCAAACGAUCGUAGCGCUUGUGUACAAUGUCCUCAAAACGUUUAUGGAAAUGAACGGGAAGCUUUUUGACGAGCUCACUGCAAACUAUAAGAUAGAAAGGCAAAAGGAGAAGAAGAGGGAAAAGGAUCGCGAAGAUUUAUGGAAGCGGCUGGCUGCUGUCGAGCUAAAUCCUCCAAAAGAUAAAGAUCCACACAUACUUAGUAGUACACCGCUUACAAAUUUUUCAACAAAACGGGAAAAUCUACUUGGACCUAGUCUGAUUGCUUCAGCAAAUUCUUCUGGUGAUAACAAAGUACUCAAUUCCGGGAAAAGAUCGGGUGCUGGAGCAAGCAGUGGUUUCACUAAAAAGCCGUAA